AUGGCCAGUUCAGAGCUGAAAAUGGACAGCGUUGAUGGAACUGAAAACUUGAAUCAACUGGAGGCCCCUUGUCCUUCUCCGCUGAGCAUCACAACACCCUUGGAUUUCUCCCAGCUCACACCCUCCCAACCGGAUAUCUCCCUCCAGAGCUUCACUCCAUCUUCUAACGUCAAAGGUAAUUCAGACAUUGAAGAAGUUAGCCAAUUCUGUUUAUCAUUCCACUGGGUCCACUGCUCUCUCUGACGUUACCCUGUAGCUAAUCAACUCAUUAUUAUAACCCGAAACACACAUUUUCCUAGGCAAUGUAACGUUAUAUGUUAUAGGUCUACACAGUGUUUUGUCAAGAUAUGCAAUAAAAUGUUAGUUUUCUGAACCAAUAAAUGGUGCUUCUAUUGUCUUUCCCCAGAAAAAUCUCGCCUGGCUCAGCUGAAGGCAAAGCGGAGGUCGAAUGUUGGUGUACGGGGUUCACCAGAGACCAACUCCCUUAUCUGCUACAUAGCCCAACAGAGGAUGAAAACUCCCCCCACAACCACACAGGUGAGAUGUUUGCUCAUGCAUGAUCAUACUCAAAGAUUGUGCAUAAAAAAUACUGUAGGUAGUGUAUUGCAGAUAAAAGUUGCUCUAGGACUGCUUGUGUUAAUCUGAGUUGGAGCUAGCAAUGCUCCUAGCCUAGCCAGAGCCAAUUCAGGCCUAUAAACUGUCUCUCUUGCUACAAUGUAUCUGUCAUUUGUCAAACAGCUUGGUUUGAAACAAUGAAUUAGAAACAAUGUGUUUACCAUGACUUUCUCUUUAUCUCUUCAUAGCCUACCCAAACCAGCUCCUUCUUUCCAAGAGUCCCCUCUACUCUAAAGCAGAAGAUGGCUAUUUUCCAGAGCAUUAUGGCUGUGGAGGAGAAUGAGAAUGAAACGGUGCCAAAACAGAACAAUGGGGGAUGCAUCAAGACAAGAGAUUUUCUGUCUAGUGGUGAGUCUGCUUCAGUGACAAAGGAUAAAUCAUUUAUUAAUCACUUAUUACGUGAACUGAAAUUGGUGCUUUGUCGGAGUAUACUAUUUCAAAGUUUUCAACUAGUUAGAAUUUGAGGGAAAUGUUGAAGUUUUAAUAUAUUUGUUAUACUUCUUUGAGGGCAUGGAGAAACAUCCAGAUACUACAUAUUGCCCCUUAUCUUCUAUAAGGGUUUUCUAUUCUGGGCUGUAGUUGUUGAUGGGUGUUGUCGUAACUCUCAGAUGGGUGGAGCUGUGAUGAUGGCAGUUGUGGGAAGGAGAACAAGACCCCAGUGAGCCAGCCUCCCUCUCUGACUCCACCACCCAGUAAGAGGCGCUACACAGCAGGCCCCAAGGGGUACUGUGUGGAGGAGAUUGGCGAGGCCAACACUCCUGUCCUCAAAUGCACCAGCACCAUACUGAAGCAGCAACAAAACAAGGAGGUAACCUCAUCACACACUCACCAAACAUUUCUCUGUCCAUUUAAUGGUAAAUAUAACUUGGCCAACCAUUCAGAAUCUGUUGGUGUGUGUUUUGUGAUUUUGGCUUGUACAUGUUGAUCAACUGGUAAGAAAUAUUGAAAAGUGCUUAUUAAACUAAAUGUAUUAUUAUUAACCAUUUAUACUGUGACCACAAUGUUCUGACAUCCACUAACCCACCAUGACCCCCUACCCCAGGUUGCAGUUGUCCAGAACAAGGACCAUCAUCCAGCUCUCACUCUAACACCCGGAGCACAGACACAGUCCCAGAAUGACACUGAGUUCUGUGGUGAGGUAGAACACGCUAGUGUGUCCCUGCCACCAACCCUGCAUACUAAUGCUGUGUCCCAGAUCACACAGGAUGAGCCCCAGUCCUCUCCUCUAAAGCAGAUU